AUGCCUGAUCAACCAUUAACCGAACAAGCAGCUGCGGCCAUCAUUCGCAGUGAACUAAGGCUCGAUGGUAACCCUGAUCUUAAUUUAGCUUCAUUUGUCACAACAGAAGUUGACCAUGAAUGUCAAGAUUUGAUGGUUGAGAAUUUGAACAAGAAUUUGGUGGAUACAAGCCAAUAUGCGCACAGUAGCCAAAUUCAAGACCGUUGUGUCAAUAUCUUAGCGAAUUUAUUUCAUAUAUCUCUGGAUGAUUGUGAAGACGAAGGUGGAGCAGUAGGUACGGCUACUAUCGGCUCCAGUGAAGCCAUUUUGCUAGGUGGUUUGGCUAUGAAAUGGCGCUGGAGAGAAAAGCAAGCUGCAAAACAAGGAAAAAAGCCAGAGGAAAUUAUGACUCGAUGUAAUUUAAUAUUUAGUACUGCGUCUCAUGUUUCUGUUUUAAAACUGUGUCGAUACUUUGACAUAGACGCUCGAGUCAUUCCACUGGAGCACGAUCGCUUUACACUGGACAUCGAUCAAGUUAUCGCUCAAUGCGACGAAAACACGUGUGGUGUGCUCGCUAUCCUCGGCACUACGUUGACAGGCGAAUUUGAAGACAUUAAAGGAUUGAACACGGCCUUGUUAAAGUUGAAGAAUGAGAAAGGAUUGGAUAUUCCUAUUCAUGUUGAUGGUGCUUCAGGUGCAAUGGUUGCUCCUUUUGUUUUUCCCGAUCUCGAAUGGGACUUCAGAUUGGAGCAAGUGCGAUCAAUUAACACCAGCGGUCACAAAUAUGGAUUAGUAUUACCUGGUUUGGGCUGGAUCGUUUGGCGUAGUAAAGAAGAUCUUCCUGAAGACUUAAUCUUCCAUGUCAACUACUUGGGUACUGAUGAAACAACGUUCAAUCUCAAUUUUUCGCGCUCUGCUGCUAAUGUUAUUGCACAAUACUAUCAAUUCAUACGAUUAGGUAUGGAAGGCUACACACGAAUUAUGCAAUUAUCAGUGAAUAAUGCAAAAUAUUUGGCUAAAUCAUUGAAAUCAAUGAGUGAAGAGUUGUUUAUCAUCUACAGUCAAAAUGAUAAGCCUUCAGUACCUAUGGUUGCAUUCUCAUUCAAUCCAACAAAAAAUCUUAAGUUCAAUGAAAUCAUCUUUGUUCAUCGAUUAAGAGAACUUGGCUGGAUUGUACCUGCUUAUACAUUGGCUGCCAACGCCAACGAUAUCACUGUUUGUAGAAUUGUCGUGCGUGAAACUUUCACUCGUAUUAUUGCUUCGAUCCUUCUUGAAGACAUUAGGUUCGUGUUGAUUGAUUUAGCUGAUCAUUAUGGACAUCAAGACUUGGUCGAAUCAUUAAAAGCACACCGUGAUGAAAAACAUUUACGUCGACGAUCGAGUUGCUAUGAUGAAACACUACUGAAAAAUAUGCGAUCCAAACAUGAGACAAAUGAAGAUUAUAUCAAUGGAAACAGAGUUGAGAACAGUAGCAAAGAACAGAAACAUAGACGUCGCACAGUGCACAUCAUCUGCUAA